AUGAAAAAACAUCUUCCCUCCCCUCUGGUGUUCAUACUACUCCUUCUAAUCCCUCGUGACACUCAUCAAUAUGCCUGCGACGAGACCAACCCAAGCACCAGCGACAACCCCUUCUGUAACACAUCUUUACCUUAUGCAGACCGAGCCAAAGACCUCGUGUCACGCCUCACCCUCCAAGAAAAGGUGCAACAGCUAGUUAAUGGUGCCAGAGGCAUUUCCAGGCUAGGCGUGCCCGCCUAUGAAUGGUGGUCCGAGGCACUGCAUGGAGUGUCAAACACUGGGCCUGGAGUACAUUUUAAUGCAACAGUGCCCGGAGCGACCAGUUUUCCAGCAGUCAUUCUUUCGGCUGCCAGUUUUAAUGCUUCUUUAUGGCUCGAGCUGGGACGGGUGGUGUCAACCGAGGCUCGAGCCAUGUACAAUGGUGGUCUUGCUGGCUUGACAUUUUGGAGUCCAAAUGUGAAUGUGUUUAGGGACCCCAGAUGGGGGAGGGGUCAGGAGACCCCUGGAGAGGACCCUCUGGUGGUUUCAACAUAUGCUGUGAACUAUGUCAAAGGUUUGCAAGAGAUUGGUGAUGAGCAGGGGAACUCUAGUAGUACUGAUCAGAGGCUCAAGGUUGCAAGUUGUUGUAAGCACUAUACUGCUUAUGAUAUUGAUAACUGGAAAGGUGUUGAUCGAUUUCACUUUGAUGCACAGGUAACACCACAGGAUAUGGAGGAUACUUUUCAGCCACCAUUCAAGAGCUGUGUAGAGGAGGGGCAUGUCAGCAGUGUGAUGUGUUCAUACAACAGGGUGAAUGGAAUUCCCACCUGUGCUGACCCGGAUUUGCUCAAAGGGACAAUCAGAGGCCAGUGGGGUCUAGAUGGGUUUGUUUCUCUCCCUUAA